AUGAUGGGUCAAUCCGCUCAAGAUGUCGUGCCUGAAGAGGCCACGCGAAAUAUCGAUCCUAACGUCAUUGAUGCCCUGCCUCCACGCCCGCGACUCGUGUCCAUCGAAGCCCUGCAGAGCACCCCCUGGGCGCGGACUGCGCGUGUGUACGCUGAAAACGAUGCCUCGUACUUUCUCAAAGUGACAAAGGGGCAACAGAAGCGCGACAUGGUCCGCGGUGAGUUCGAGGCCAUGUCCGUCAUCCACGCCUCAGCCGGCUCACUGGCCCCGAAACCCAUUGCGUGGGGGGAGUAUGCAGAUAUCCAAGAAGUCUAUUUCUUCCUGUGCGACUUUAUAGAUAUGGACAAGCGGCUGCCCGAGCCCCAUGCCUUGACAUCGUUCCUCAUCGCCCUUCACGAAACAGGAACAUCCCCUCAGGGGAAGUUUGGGUUCGAACACGCUACGUACCACGGUGGCAUCCGUAUUGAACAUGGGUGGCAUGACACCUGGGAAGGGCUUCUCCGUCCCGUGGAGAGCCGUGACGCAGGCAUUCGACCAAGCUUUAUACACGGAGACAUGUGGCACGACAACACUGCUGUUGAUCGCAAGACGGGCAAUGUCGUGAUAUUUGAUUCUGCAGGCUUCUAUGCCCACCAUGAGUAUGAACUGGCAGUCUGGCGACAGACCUGGAAUAAGAUUGGGAGGGACUACAUCGACGCGUAUCUGGCGCAACGCCCCCCCUCUGAGCCGCAGGAGGACUUUGAAGAUCGAGCCCUUUUGUAUGGGCUGAGGGUCAACAUCCUCGAUGCCAUACUCUACGACAAAGAAGAACAGUAUCAUGUGGAACUCGAUGAGGAAACUGGUGUCCAAAUUUGCGCAUAG